AUGGCGGACAAAGUGAAGAGUAUUGAUGAAUGCAUUUUAACUGCAAACAACUUAAGAACAACCGUGAGAAAAGUAUUUCAAGAUCUUGCAGCUUCUCCUGGAGUGAAAAGAGAAAAAGCAGAAUCCUCAGAGUCUAGUAAAGGUGAAAAUAUCACCCGACUUUUAAAGAAGAAUCUCACCGAAGUUCACAAGGUUUUAAGUGAGUUGGAUAAAACAUGCGAGGGUCUACCAACAUCAUCAAGUGGCUCUCUUUCUUUGGGAAAUACAGGAUUAUUAAGCUUGGAUCCUAUUGAAGACAAGACUGCACUGUAUGACAAGGUUCUAGACACAUAUGACUGGCAUGAGAAGCUGACCUCAGAGGCUCAACAGGCAUUAUCAUGUUUGAAAAGACAUCAUCCCUUGCAUGGUUCAGAUCGUCCUUCACCAUCUCCAAAGAAGGCAAAGGCAAACUCAAGGGAGUUCCUACGAGGGGAAAUUCAAAAAGCUUUGAGUGAAAGCAAGUCUUUGUAUCCUUGCUUAGAGCUGUCAAUAUCAAUGGCGCAUGGAGCUCCUGUUGUUGAGGUUGUUGUACCAAAGACAUUGAAAGCAACAAUGAUUCUUCGCAAUAUGUCAGAAAUUGACCAAGUCGUAAUAAGAGGAAUACAGGAGAGCAAGCUCCUGGAUAAGGAGGAAUCAUGGUCUCAGUCAGCUCAUGCUGUCUUCAGAAAGAUAACAGAUUAUGCAACAUCAGUUGUAUUACACCAUUACUCCCCAAGUGAUCCUACAUCUCAAGUGAGAGGCUUACUGAAAUGGCUGAACAGCUUUCAAGCUCUUUUCUCCAUUAAGUGUGUCGGCUGUGGCUUUCACUUAAAGGAGGAGACAGAAAAUGUCUUCCUUCCCCCUUGCUGGCGAACAUUCGAAGAUCUAUCACCCUACCAUUACCAAUGCAGACCUUAGUCACUGUGCCGCUGUGCUAGCAUUUGUGCAAGUUUUUGUGCUGGGAAAAAUGGCAGACAUUUCUGAGGAGGGAUACCGUUUGCGUAAGGUUCAGUCAAAACUGGCAAACAAUUGUCAGAACGAUAGCGCGUGGUUGGUACAAGUGGGACAAGAUUGGCGCACGAUUUGUGCGAGGUUUGCAGUAUGCAAUAAGAGAGUUAAACUUCGACCUGCCCUCCCCAGAAACCUCUUAGUUAUUG